AUGUCGAAUUUUGACAUUUCUGGCCACACCACACCACACCUCCACAAGAGUGCUACCAUGGGUCGAAAAGGGGCAAGGUUUUGCCAUUCAGUUAUGUGGAAUUCGACGUUGGAGACAUUCGCACUUCAGUAUUCGCAGAAGCCGUUUCGCCCAUAUUGGGAUUGCCGAUAUAAAGGCUCGUUUCAAACCACAGGAAGUCUGCUAACUGAAUCAGCAUGCAAGAACAGUCAGGAAAAGCAGCAUUCACUGAAAGCUCAACGCAGGAAAAGGACAGCUUUUAACAAGCAACAGAGCAAUGUCUUAAAGACAGAAUUUCAACUGGACCCUUAUCCAGACUUCUGGAAACGAACUCAGCUUUCCCUGAUCACUGGAAUUCCAGAAUCCAGAAUUCAGGUUUGGUUUCAGAAUCGAAGGGCCAGACAUAUGGCACAGCAUACAAGAAAGAAGUACCAAAACCUCAGUGCACCAAGUCUAACUAUUUCAGAAGAGAGACAAAUGGCAUCUAAGGCUAUCAAAGAGACAGAAGCAUGCAACAAACUGUUGGAAAUGGAAAUCAUGUUCAGCAGACAGCAAAUACCUCAGCAAGAGGAGGCUGAAACCUUGAUCCCAGACACCUCUGUUCCGCAGAUUAUGGAAGGAAGCUGCUGGCCCACAAAACAUUAUGGUCCAACAGGCUGUACUGCACUAACAUCCCAUUCUAAAUCUGGAAAUGUUAUUCCAUUGCACCAGCAGGACUUCAAUGCUCAGAGUUCUCAGUAUUACAGUUUUAAAUAUCUGAACAUAAGCACCCCAGGUACCUCUUCUCACUACACCUUGCCCCCAUACAAAUCAAAAUCAACAAGAGAAUGUUUUAGCAAUCAAUGGAACAAGCAGGUGAUAUGAUGUUGUUUACUAACCAGCACGUUUUUUACAUUACAGAUAUAUGAGGUUUUGGACUAACAGUAACCCUAUUAAGGAUAGACAAGCACAUUUCUCUCUCUCUCUUUUUUUUUUUUUUUGUCAGCAAUUAUUGGUAAUUUCAAAUGCUGUUUCACCACAAAACAAAUGGGAGCCAUUAAACAGACAAACCCAAAUGGGCACAUCGCUAUGGACAUGCCACUAUGACACAAGACAACACAGAGGCUGAGAAACUUCAUUCAGGCUAC